AGGCCGGGCCCGCCGCCUUCUGCCCGCCCCUCGCGCCGCCCCCGAGCCGAGUAGGUCGCGUUCCUUUUGGAACGCUCGCUGCGCUGGUGUCAGUGACGACUGCCUUGUUCGUCCGCAGUCAGCCCGCCGCCGUCCGCCGCCGCGCCACGCCACCCGCCCCCUGGUGCGACAGGACCUCACUGCCACCAGCACCAUGCCCUACCCAUAUCCAGCGCUGACUCCGGAGCAGAAGAAGGAGCUCUCUGACAUUGCCCAUCGCAUUGUGGCUCCGGGCAAGGGCAUUCUGGCUGCAGAUGAGUCCACUGGAAGCAUUGCCAAGCGGCUGCAGUCCAUUGGCACCGAGAACACCGAAGAGAACCGGCGCUUCUACCGCCAGCUCCUGUUGACUGCUGAUGACCGCGUGAAUCCCUGCAUCGGGGGUGUCAUCCUCUUCCAUGAGACGCUUUACCAGAAGGCGGAUGAUGGGCGUCCCUUCCCCCAAGUCAUCAAGUCCAAGGGUGGUGUUGUGGGCAUCAAGGUAGACAAGGGCGUGGUGCCUCUGGCGGGAACAAAUGGCGAGACCACCACCCAAGGACUGGAUGGGCUGUCUGAGCGCUGUGCCCAGUACAAGAAGGAUGGAGCUGACUUUGCCAAGUGGGUGCUUGCUGCCGUCUACAAGGCUCUGAGUGACCACCACAUCUAUCUGGAAGGCACCUUGCUGAAGCCCAACAUGGUCACCCCAGGCCAUGCCUGCACCCAGAAGUAUUCCCAUGAGGAGAUUGCCAUGGCAACUGUCACAGCCCUGCGCCGCACAGUGCCCCCCGCUGUCACUGGGAUUACUUUCCUGUCUGGAGGACAGAGUGAGGAGGAGGCAUCCAUCAAUCUCAAUGCCAUCAACAAGUGUCCCCUCCUGAAGCCAUGGGCCCUGACCUUCUCUUAUGGUCGAGCCCUGCAGGCUUCUGCACUGAAGGCCUGGGGCGGGAAGAAGGAGAACCUGAAGGCCGCCCAGGAGGAAUAUAUCAAGCGAGCCCUGGCCAACAGCCUCGCCUGUCAAGGAAAGUACACUCCAAGUGGCCAGGCUGGGGCUGCAGCCAGCGAGUCCCUCUUCGUCUCUAACCAUGCUUACUAAGCUGAGGCAUUCUGAGGCGGCCCCCCAAAACUCCAGGCCCCUGCACCACCAACACUCUUGAAAAGGGAGCCUUACCCGGGGCUCCAAGCUUUCUCAUCACUCUUGCCUCCCUCGUGACUUUGGUGUGUGGUGUUGUCUGUGUACGCUAACUCCAGCACUCCUUCCAGCCCACUGCCAAUAAACAACUAUUUAAGGGGG